AUGACUAGACAUCAUCAAAAUCACAGGGUUGAAAAAUUUCGAUCUUUUGACAUAUCUGACAACAUAACUGUAGUACAGUGCCCGUUUAGUUUUUGUGCCAAAAUUUCACAAAAUUUGAAAGACUUCCUGCAGCAUCUAAAAGCUCACAUAGUGCAAGGUAAUGAAGUGCUGUGCCCUUUUGAAGGAUGUAGUUUAACAUUUAGGGUGAAAUCGUCGUUUUCCUCUCAUCUAACUCGAAACCAUAAAGCUUGCUCAAACAGACGAGUGCACUCUGACUUACUUAUACAUGAAAGUGAACAUGAUACUCAUAACCAAAAUUUUAACCAAGAAAUUGACAUAGAUGAGGUAACACUUAACAAUCUUGAUAUUGACAAUAGUGAACAGGAAAAUGAAGUUGAAGAAAAUCUGAGUGAGCUGUUACUAAAAAAUUUGGCUCUUUUUUAUUUAAAACUGACUGCCAAGCACCAUAUGCCUGCCACGACUGUCCAAAUGGUGAUUUGUGAAAUUCAAGCCAUGCAUGGUUUAUCCCAAAAUUGCAUGAAACAGCAUAUUGAGAAAAAAAUGAAAGAAAAAUUAAUUUCUGACACUGACAUAAAUGACAUAACAGAGGAAUUUUCAGUAAACGAUAUCUUUGAUACAGUUCAUGCUGACAAAGGACCACUAAGUACUGAAUAUAGAAGAAAACAAUUUUAUAAGGAAAACUUCAAUUAUGUUAACCCCAUAGCAAUAUGCCUAGGACAUGAUAAAGAUAAUAUUAAACGACACUUUGAGUAUGUCCCUGUCAUUGAAACAAUUGAAAAUCUUUUGAAGGACUCCAGUGUUAAAGAACAAUUUCAAAACCCACUUCCAUCCCAAGAAGGGGUUUUAAGGGAUUUUAUGGAUGGGUGUGUAGCAAAACAAAAUCUUCUUUUCAUUGAGCUACCUAAUGCCAUUAAGAUAAUUCUCUACCAAGAUUCCUUUGAAGUUGUGAACCCUUUGGGAAGUGCAAAAAAGAAACACAAAAUUUUAGGAGUUUACCUUACUUUGGGCAACAUUUAUCCCCAAAACCGUUCCAAAAUUGAUCAAAUGCAACUUGUUUUGCUUAUCAGAGAAGUUGAUUUUAAGUACUUUGGGCAGGAAGCUGUGUUCCGUGUGCUAGUUAAGGACCUUAAGAAAAUUGAGGAGACAGGUGUGCAUUUUGAGAAUGAAUAUGUCCGUGGAACAGUUGCCAUGUUCCUCGGUGACAAUUUGGGUAGCCACUGCAUUGCUGGUUUUGUAGAAAAUUUCAGUUCAUGUGUAUAUAUAUGUCGAUUUUGCUUAAUGGAAUCAGAGGCAUUUAUUUCUGGUAACAUUUAUGAUAUCUAUCCUCAACGAUCACCAGAAAAUUACAAAGAGGACUUAGCAGAGCUUGAGAAAAAUCCAGUCCUAAAUAAUUACCAUGGAAUAAAAUUUGACUCAGUUUUUAAUGAACUUGAAUAUUACCAUGUGUGUAGCCCAGGCUUACCCCCUUGCCUUGGCCAUGAUCUUUUUGAGGGUGUUGUCCAUUAUGACCUGGCCCUUUUCAUAAAGUACAUGGUAAAAGAUAAGAAGUUCUUCACAUAUCCAUAUAUCAAUCAAAGAAUAGCUACGUUUAAGUACAAGGGAAGUGAUGCCAAUAACAAACCUGGCACUCUUAGUGACCAAGGUAAUAAACUUGGUGGACAUGCUGUCCAGAAUUGGUGCUUUCUUCGGCUUCUUCCACUUCUAAUUGGUUCCAAAAUUAGUGAUACUUCUGAUCCAGUAUGGAAGUUGACACUUUUACUCAGAACUAUCAUAGAAGCUGUAUGUGCCCCUGAAAUAACAUUGACCCAAGUAGCAUUCUUAAAAGUUAAAAUUGAAGAAUAUUUAGAGCAGCGCUUCUUCCUUUUCCCCGAAAAUGCAUUAAGACCAAAGCAUCAUUAUUUAGCCCAUUAUCCAAGGUUAAUAUUGCAGUUUGGACCAUUGAUCAGAGUGUGGACACUUCGCUUUGAAAGUAAGCACUCAUAUUUCAAGAAGUGUGCUAGAUAUAGCCAAAAUUUCAUUAACAUCUGCCAUACGUUUGCCGAACGCCACCAGCUUUUACAAGCAUAUCUGAGCAAUGGGUCCCUUUUUAGUGUUAGUGUUAAUGUUGACAAUGCAAUUCCAUUUAAUGUGGGUUUGUAUAAUGACAAAAUUAGGAAUGCAUUUAUGGCUCACCACACUUCAUCUGAGGCUGUUGUUACUUCUUUAAAAGGCAAAGUUAAUGGAAUCAACUACGAGAAAGAUCUUUACAUUGUUAUUGAGUGUAGUCGGUACACAUUAGUCUUAGGCUGUAUUGUUAUGCUUUUUCAGCAUUGUACUGCUGCUAUUUGCUUUUUAGUAAAGAAAGUCGACGCUGAGUAUGAUAAUGAAAUGGGAUAUUACAAAAUAAUUCAAGCUGGAGAGCCAGUAUAUGAGUGUGUUAGUUUAUCAAGUCUAAAAUCACACUGCUGUCUACCAGCUUACAGGGUAAAUAAUGUAAAUGAUGAGGUCGUUGUGCUUAAGCAUGCAAUCUUAGAGUCUUAA